AUGAGGUUUAUAUGUAAAGGGGUAAUAUAUUUUUCAUCAAUACUAGUGUUGCUAUCAACAACAAUAUGUGCAGUUUAUUCAGGGGCAGAAUUUGAAAAUAAAAAUAUAAAAUCAGCUACUUUUAUUUCUGAAAUGUUUGAAAUGGGUCCCGGGAAAGUCGCAGCUAAAACAUUUUAUGAUGUUGAAUUUCCAAAAGGUCGUGUUGGAAUCAAGAUCUUUGAUGCUGAACUAGUCGAUGAAGAAGGAAAUUCCGUACCAUUAUAUGAAGCAUACCUACAUCAUUGGUUUGCUAUAAAAUACCAAGAAAAAGAUUGGAAUAUGUCAAAAAUCAUCCCUAAGGAUCCUAUGGAAGGUGCCAUUUACAUUAGAAAUGACGGAACGUGUAAUACUUAUAUUCUUCCAAUUUAUUGGGGUUUGGGAGCUGAAUCACGAGGAACAAAAUCAAAAAUUCCAGAUCCUUAUGCUGUAGAACAUGGAAACCCUUCAAAAAUUCCAUUUGGAUACCAAGAAAAGUGGCUCCUGAAUCUCUUGAUCAUUGAUACACGUGGUACAGAAGAUAGAGAAGGUUGUACUGAAUGUAGGUGUGACCAUUUCAAUUUGCCAACGAAUUUUUAUAAUGUCACAGUUGGAAUUGAUGGAAAACCAUUGGGAUCAAGUUAUAAAGGAGGACUCUUUUGUUGCCAAGAUAAUUUACAGUGCAAAUUGCAAAAGGAUUUUGAAGCACCUACGAGAAAGCUUGCCUUGAGAUACAAAAUAACAUGGGUUGAUUGGAAUCAACAACAAAUUCCUCUAAGGUUUUAUGUACUUGAUUCAACUGAUCGAGUUAGAACAAAUGGUUCCCAAUUUAUUCAUGAUUGUCAGGUAGAGUUUACAGUUCCGCCAACUAAUGGUAGAAACAACGCUCCUCAUAUUGAAAAGGCAAACAUCCCAAUGGAAAGAGGUGGUUAUCUCAUCUACGGCACCGCUCAUAUGCAUAGAGGUGCCAUUAAUGCAACUUUAUAUGGACAGGAUGGAAGAAUUUUGUAUACUUCAAAACCAAAAUAUGGAAAAGGGAAGAAACCAGGAAAUGAGAAAGGCUAUGUUGUCGGGAUGUCAGGAAGUUAUCCAGAAUUAGGUUCAACCAAGAUUAAGGAUGGUGAAAUUGUGACUAUAGAAACAAGAUACGAAAGUGGCUUUAGAACUGGAGCUAUGGGACAUAUGUACAUCUAUUUAGCAGACCGAUUACCAGACAAUACAAAUACACCUACUAUGGCGUAG